AUGUCACCUCAAGAUGAAGCAUACACAUGGAAUCCUAAUACUGACUACGCACGGUGCUUUUUGCACAAAUUGUCUUCAACUGUUAAAGGAGGAUUGGAGGAACUCGUGUUUCCAUUCUCAGCAACACUCCCGGUCAUUGCCGAGGAGGAUGAAGACAAGAGUAGCACAUCAACACCUAUCUUGAUUGAUCUUGAGGAUGACCACCCAGCUCCUGACAAAGUCGAUACUGAUCACGACUCUGAGGGCGAAGAAGAUCUAGAAGUACCUCCGGACUUUAACGCAGAAGAUGAUAUUAAUGAGGACCAAGUGGAGAGUUUAGCCAAAACUCUGCCUGAUAAUUCUGUGGCUAGUAAGUACCACACUACUGCUUCACGAAAGCAGGCGAAUCGAAUGAAUGGUUUGACCAGUAAGGCCAACUUCAUAUCAUGUCGUGUAGCUCGUUCUGCAGCAUGGAGACGACACUUCGCACGCAUAGCCAAAGGCAUGAACCUGAAAGUUUUGCCAUUGACACCAGGUUACAACGCCACUCGAUGUAAUGCAGAAUUUGAUUCGCUUAAUAGGUUGGUCCAGGCAAAGAAAUGA